AUGCGAUUCGUGCGGAGGCAAACACGCCGUAUUCGGGCCUUGUGGCUUCGAUUCCUCCCCCGACAAUUCCGACGGUGGAAGCACCACAGCCAGUUGGUGUUUGCUUGCUUAUCCAUGACCAUUGUGCUUAAUACCCUUUACGGACUUUAUCCCGGAUACUUUUCUCUGAAACGUAGGAAGUUUGUUUUUUCUAAAGUGGUUGCGGUUUACUGUUUCACAGUGGCCGUGAUACUCGGAUUGUUUUACAUCUGGCAUAUCUAUAAAGGACUCUCGGCGGGUGAUAUAAACCUACGUCAUACCAUAGAAAUAUUUUGCUACAUGAACGUCACCGUUUGCCUGAUAAACUUCAUUACCCAGUGGCCAAUAAUAAAGCCUGUCUUACGAUUCCAAAACAGUGUGCCACUCUUUGAGGUCCUUAAUUCCCUGGAAAUGUCCAUGAUGUUGGUGUGGAGGGCCUUUAUCUAUGGUGUUCUCAAGAUUCUGGUUUGUCCGCUCGUCGCGUAUAUAACCCUGAUUCUCUACCAGAGACGUGCCCAUCCGGAUCUUAGGUGGACAAGUUUUGCCACUGUGAGGACGAUGCUGCCUCUGAUAGUAUCCAAUCAAAUAAACAACUGCUUCUUUGGAGGCCUGGUCAUUGCCAACUUAGUAGUGGCUGCGAUUAAUAAAAAGCUACUCGGCAUUGUCAAGGAGGUCAAUAUGCUGCAAACUCCUGGACAGAUGGAUCUCCAGAAGCCAUACUACCGAAUGCGUCGCUUUUGCGACUUGGCCGAUGAAUUGGAUGAACUGACUAAGAAGUAUGGGCUGACUGCCUGCCACUCCAAGGGAUACCUACGGUUCACGGAUUGGUCGAUGAUCCUGUCCAUGCUGAUGAACUUAAUAGGUAUUACCAUGGGCUUCUAUAAUCAGUAUCUGGCCAUUGCAGAUUACUAUAUAAACGAGGAACCUUUCGAUCUCUCUCUGGCCAUUGAUCAGUUGGUGUUUCUGGCAGUUCCCUUCAUGGAGCUAGUCAUGGUGACCAGGAUAAGCAAUCAAAUGUUACAGGAGACCAGGAGAACCGGUGAACUCUUGCAACGCUUUGAUCUUCACUACGCCGAUGUUCGUUUCAAGCAGGUGGCUAAUGCCUUUUGGCUACAGGUUUCCACAAUUAACUACAAAUUGAUGCCUCUGGGUCUCUUGGAGCUGAAUACAUCCUUGGUCAAUACAGUUUUCUCGGCCGUCAUUGGAUACUUGUUGAUUCUCAUUCAGUCUGACUUGACCUUGCGAUUUUCACUUAAAUAA